AUGUGCUUCGAAGAUUAUCUCAACGCACAGACAGUUGGGUCGGACGUUUCGCCAGACAAGGCCCGAAUGAAUAGUAGCAAUAAAGCUAAUGGAGGUAUGCGGAUGCAGGAGAAGGAGGGAUCGCCGGCCUAUGACAUGGAGAGUGAGAUGACGGCUGACGGCGUGAGUCUGUUUAACUCAUUCCAUACGAAUCCAACCACUACGCUCACGGUGCCACAGGUGAUCCUCUCGCCUUACGACCAAGAUGAGAGCUUUGGCACGCCGACACAGCACCUGGGACAGCCGUUCCAGGCGCCGACGAUCAAUAUCCAGACUCCAUUGGAGGGCGCUGUCGGGUCGCCUGCGCUGGACAUGAGCUCGCCGAUGAACUUGCCACAGUAUGCGGAGGGAAUCGAUGUGGACCAGCUCCGGUUGCCCAAUACGCCGAAUCGAGAUAGCUAUCUGUCGGCGUCGAUGAGCGACCAGAGUGUUUCGGCAUACAACGCGCACUCUCCAGAGACGGCGCAUUUCCUGCGCCAUCAGAACGUCGCGGUGUCCCCUCAAGUAUCUUACCUACGGACAGGCAACGACGACUUCGACGAGCUAUUAAGCCUGCACUCCGGGACCACGGAGAACUCGGAGUACUUCCAGAUCCACGAUGUUGAUGAUUUGAAUGCGAUCCUCGACGACAAUGUCCACCUCUUUUAUUCUCCUCACACGGGGGACAGCUUUGACGCACAUCAGCUCCCCGUGAACGAUAUAUCCGCUUCUCCGGCGACCACUCCACAGUAUGCACCUCUGAUAAACGUACACCGCGUUGACGGCACCCUGCCGCCAUCUUCCAUCAGUGUAACACCAUCGCCCAGGACUUCUUUUAAUGAUGAGGACAACCGUCCAAACCUAGACUUUCUAUCUGUGAAGGGCAACGAGGAGUUCGCUCUAACAGAUGAUGAUGAACUUGAAGACGCCCACGAGCAGAUGCGCCAGGGAAGGAGGUAUAAGAGGCGAUCCUCUACGAAAUCCUUGCGAUCACAGUCUAUUGCAAACACCCCCUCGCAGGAAGACAAAGCACAUACACUGAACAAGAAUAGAGAAAAAUUACUCGAGCUAGCCGCCUUGCAUAUUCCAAAUUCUUCUUCCGCGAACUCUCUAUCACCAACGUCAUUGGGUCCAUCGACUGGUCCUGCGGAGACCAGUUCCCCUGCUGACCACUCAGCCCCGCUAGACGAGGGCGAGACGGCUUUGAACCUAUCGGGCAAUACCAGGCGUAAAUCGCUCCAAAAGAAUCCAGCCAUCUAUUCCUGUAACCUAUGUGAUAAGAAGUUCACUCGACCCUACAACUUGAAGUCUCAUCUCCGAACACAUACGGACGAAAGGCCAUUCUCAUGCAGUGUAUGUGGGAAGGCGUUCGCGAGACAGCACGAUAGGAAGCGUCAUGAAGAUUUACACUCUGGUAAAAAGAGAUAUGUAUGCGGUGGGAAACUCAAGGGCGGGGCUACAUGGGGCUGCGGCAAGAAGUUUGCACGAAGUGAUGCAUUAGGUCGGCACUUUAAAACUGAAAGCGGCAGGAGGUGUAUUGCUCCAUUAUAUGACGAGGCAUCGAAGGAAAGAGCGGCAAACAACAUGGCUCCGCUUACAGAAAACGACCAAUUUUGGUUGUCUUGA